CACACAGAGUCCUCAGCAGCCUUGUGUAAGUGUUCCCUCGGGGGAAACAGAUUCGGACUCAGUGCGACUUCCAUAGACGUCUGCUGUUGCCAAGACGAGACGCAGCCUAUUUAAGAUAAUCACAUGAUUUCACUGGGAGUCAUAAUGAUCCGCGAAGGUCACUGGGUAGAGAGCGAGAGAGCGGCAGAGUGAGCGUGUGUGUGUGUGUGUGUGAGAGAGAGAGAGAGAGAGAGAGAGAGAGAGAGAGAGACGUUCGAUACUGAUCGGACUGUCUGAGUGGAAAAAAGGAAAAUGACUUUCCGGGAGAGAGGACUUGAGUUCAAGCGAUUUGCCGCGUCGGGAUACUGCGCUUGGAAAUGAAUGGAAAACCAAAGUGGCACAAUUGAAGAAGCCUGCAUCUGAAACUCGUUGAUGCUUCAUACACCAGAAGUCCUGCAGAACUGCUGCUGCUGCUUCUGCUGUUGGACUGGUUUACUGGAGCUCUUGGGACUGCUCACAAGUGGCCGUGUGAAAUAGGCUUUAGCGUUUGCGUAAAGGUGACACAGAAAAAAAAUGGCUUUCUUAUGGAUUUGUUGGAGAAACUGGACGCGGCCGUUGCUCGUUUUCCAUCUCUUUUGCUUUUUCACACUGAGCAAAAGCGUGCUUUUGAAUAAUGGUGCUGACAGUGCUGAAUCUCAUCAAGAAACAUCGGCCCUGCUCCGAUCUCUCAAUUUACCUCAACAUACAGAAUAUGAGAUUGUAUCUCCCUAUGAGGUCAACCACCAAGGCGCUUACAUCUCUCACGAAGUUGCCCACCACCAGCGCAGAAGGCGACGCAGAUCCCUAACCCCAGAUGCAGGCUCAUCAAACACUGACAGCAGCAGCGAAACGGUCCACUUCCGGCUGAGUGGCUUGGGGCAAGACUUCCACAUGGAACUGAGGGAGGCCUCGGAGAGCCUGAUUGCACCUGGCUUUACCAUCCAGGUCCUGGGAAAGAACGGCACCAAGAGCCUGAGGGCCUACCACCACCACGACCUCUGCUUUUACCAGGGGUCGUUGAGGUCAAGGGUCAACUCCUCGGUGGCACUGUCCACAUGCAUGGGGAUGUCAGGUUUGAUCAGAACACAGGAUGCAGACUACUUCUUGAGACCCGUGUCCCACAGCCUCGCUCAGAGUGAGAACUUCCCAGCACCCUCCAGCCGCCAGCCACACAUCCUCUACAAGAGCAAGAGGGACCCCCGGACAGAGCAGAGAGGUCACAAGCCUCGGACGCUUCAGAAGAGAGCCACAGCUUCAACUCAUCACAAAUCGCACACACACUUUGUCACCAAGAGAUCCACAGACUCACAGACAGACCCCACCUACAACACAGUUAUUGAAGGUCAACACAGGGGCCAGCAAAAACAACAAAGUGAUAUCCAUGGUUAUCACCAUGGCAACAAUAACAACAACAGUCAUGGUGACCAGAUGGAGCAUCAUGGCAGUGGUCAUCACCGCAACAGCCAUCGCCAUGACAAUGACUACAGACAUGGGGAGAAGCAGAGGCAACACUUCUGCGGGAGACGGAAGAAAUACAUGCCCAAACCUCCAGAAGAGGAUGUCUUUAUCCUUCCAGAUGAGUACAAGUUCAUCCCCAGGUACAAAAGAGCAGUGCUAAUGAAGAACCAGGCCAAUCAGAAGCUCAACGUGGAGAUGCUGGUGGUGGUGGACAGGAAGAUGAUGGACAACCAUGGCCACGAGAACAUUACCACAUAUGUUCUUACUGUGCUUAAUAUGGUCUCCAGUCUCUUCAAAGACGGUACGAUAGGGGGGAACAUUAACAUAGUGAUAGUGGGCCUCGUGCUUCUGGAUGAAGAGCAGGAUGGCUUGGUGAUCAACCACCAUGCAGACCACACACUGAACAGCUUCUGCCACUGGCAGUCCACUCUGGGAGGCAGAGAGGGCCGACACCACGACCACGCCAUCCUCCUGACAGGACUCGACAUCUGCUCUUGGAAGAAUGAACCCUGUGACACUCUUGGUUUUGCUCCAAUUAGUGGGAUGUGCAGCAAGUACCGGAGCUGUACCAUUAAUGAGGACACAGGCCUGGGUCUGGCAUUCACCAUCGCCCAUGAAUCCGGACACAAUUUUGGAAUGGUCCAUGAUGGUGAAGGGAACGUUUGUAAGAAGUCAGAGGGCAACAUCAUGUCUCCCACAUUAGCCGGACACAAUGGUAUCUUCUCCUGGUCUGCCUGCAGCCGCCAGUACCUCAGCCGCUUCCUCAAUUCUGCCCAGGCUCUGUGCUUAUCAGAUGAACCCAGAGCAGUCAAAGAGUAUCGGUACCCUGAGAAGCUGCCUGGCGAGCUGUACGAUGCAGACACACAGUGUAAAUGGCAAUUUGGGGAGAAGGCUAAACUCUGCACACUCGACUUCAAGAAGGAUAUCUGCAAGGCUCUGUGGUGCCACCGUGUUGGGAGAAAGUGUGAGACCAAGUUCAUGCCAGCUGCUGAAGGCUCUGCCUGCGGCCCUGAUAUGUGGUGUCGUAGGGGCCAGUGUGUGAAACAGGGUGACGAGGGCCCGAGGCCUCAGCAUGGCCAGUGGUCAGAGUGGUCGUCCUGGUCUGCCUGCUCGCGAAGCUGUGAGAGCGGAGUCACCUAUCGAGAGAGGCAGUGCAACAACCCCAGACCUGCAUAUGGAGGGAAGUUCUGUGGGGGCUCCUCCAGGUCGUACAAACUGUGUAACACUGAGGAUUGUCCCCCCAACACCACUGACUAUAGAGCGCAGCAGUGUGCAGAGUUCAACAGCAAACAGUUCAGAGGGUGGUACUACACCUGGAGGCCAUACACUAGAGUGGAUGAUCAAGAUGUAUGUAAGCUCUACUGCUUUGCUGAAGGCUAUGAUUUCUUCUUUGCCCUGGCCAGCAAAGUUAAGGAUGGGACACUCUGCUCACAGGACAGUUCUAAUGUCUGUAUCGACGGACUGUGUGAGAGAGUGGGCUGCGACCGUGUUUUGGGCUCCACAGCAGUGCCUGAUGCUUGCGGGGUGUGUAAAGGAGACAACUCCACCUGUAAGAUCUACAAAGGACAGUACUCUAAGCAGCAUUAUACUAACCAGUACUAUGGGGUGGUAACCAUCCCAGCAGGGGCUCGGAGUAUCCGUGUGAUGGAACUGAAUACGUCCAGCUCCUACCUGGCUGUCAGGGACUCUCAGAGACGCUACUACCUGAAUGGACACUGGACGGUGGACUGGCCAGGCAGACACCCCAUUGCUGGAGCCAUUUUUGAGUACAAGAGACCCUACAACAGACCAGAGAGCCUCAUAUCAACUGGUCCCACCAAUGAGACACUGGUCAUAGAGAUAUUGUUGCAGGGCUGGAACCCAGGUGUACGUUGGGAAUACACUCUGAAGAAGGCUGAUGAGAAAAGGAAUCACAUCAAACACAAUUAUACAUGGGCCAUCAUACGCGCCCAGUGCUCGGCAACUUGUGCCGGAGGCCAGAUGAACACCAAGUCAGCGUGCUACAAAGACUUGAGAGUGCAGGUGAAUACAUCCUACUGCAAUCCCAAAUCAAGACCAGCUACUGGACUGAUGCCCUGCAACACCCAACCAUGUCCCACCAGCUGGUCUGUAGGAGAGUGGGGGCUGUGCAGCCGGAGCUGUGGAGGAGGGCAGCAGACGCGGCAGGUCCAGUGCGUCCAGAGAAUCAGCCAGACCAAGGUAGACGACCUGGCCGACUCUCACUGUGCCCAGCCCACCCCAGCCAGGAGGCAGGGCUGCAACACACACAGCUGUCCAGCAGUGUGGAGCACUGGGCCGUGGUCACAGUGUUCUCGUAAGUGUGGCAACGGCUUGAGGAAGAGGACAGUGCUGUGUACGAGCACCAACCCAGGUGCCCAGACUCACACGCUGCCAGACAGUGUGUGUGCGGGCCUGCCGAAACCCGCCAGUCAAGAAUCCUGUUUCAUCAAACGCUGCCAGAAACAACGCAAAGUCCAGUGGUUUGUCUCCACGUGGCAAGAGUGUUCAGUAACAUGUGGUCGUGGCUAUCAGGCACGCUUCAUCAAAUGUGCAGAGAAGGACACUGCAGGAAAAUACAGAGAGCUUGCUGCCAAGAAGUGCCACCAUGUCCCCAAGCCCGCAGUAGAGCUCCAGAGGCCCUGCAUCCUGGCUGAGUGCCCCGUCCGCACUACCCCACCAGUCCACCGAUGGAGCAUGUAUCAUCGCACCUAUCCACCUCAACCCCUCCCUCAACCUCCACCUCGAGCAGAAUGGCACUCAUCUCCUUGGUCUCAGUGCACAGUGACAUGUGGAGGAGGAGUGCAGGCCAGGACGGUCCAAUGUCUGGUCCAAGGGAAGCCUUCUCCUGGCUGUGCCCUCCAUCUUAAACCCUCAAUGUCCCAGGCCUGCAACACCAACUUCUGCCCACAACCUGAGAAGAAAGACCUUACAUGUAGGGAUUACUUCAACUGGUGUUACCUGGUGCCCCAGCACGGAGUCUGCAGCCACAAGUUCUAUGGCAAGCAGUGCUGCCAAUCCUGUUCAAAUUCAAACCUAUAAUCAUACGGAGUGACUCUGUCUGUGACACAGACAGAUAGGUAGUUAGAUAGACAAAAGACUAUAUUUGACGUCCAUGCUUGAAAAGACAGUGGUUUUGCUAUAAGCGUGUGGCGAGCACUGAAAAACAAAUGGCAUUUCAAUGGAAGUGCAAGAGAGUUGCAGUGCCCUUUCUUCUCCCUGUGAUGCCGGACAUCUGGAUACAAGAACUUGAUGCUGACAGCACUACACAGGAAUGUGAUCAGGACAGUACAAAUAAAGGAGAGAAUUAUGAGGAAGAACUAGCUAAAUGGGAAUCUUGAUUAAAGCGAGUAGGACUGACAUGUCCAAAUGAAACUGAAAACCUGAAAAAUCCCAGCUUUGUUUAUAUACUAUAUGUAAUUGAACAGAUCUGUACCCAGGACAACCAACAUCUUCCAGUCAACCAAAGGCAGGCCAACAGAGAAAAACGGUUGACGAGGUUUCAGGCACUGCCACGCAACAACAUAUGAUGCGCCCAGUCUGCACUGCAAUUCGUGAUCAAUUGGAAAUCUGGGGUCUGAUAAUGAAAAGGGAAGUUUCAAAGAAACAAGCAAGAAUUUUACUCUAAGGCUUGAUAAAAAACAGGGUCGGAAUAAUCAAAGUGGGCUUCCUCAAUAGCUGGACAAUAGCAGGAAGCUUUGUAAUGUCAUGUAAAAGAAAAAACUAAAUGCAUCAUACAUGAGAGAACUAUUCUGAGAUGGGUCAAGGCUGUGUGAACUGACUUUCAUACUCAGUGGUGCUACAACGUUGUCUUCUGUCACCAACUCAAUGUGAAAUCCUCAAGUUUCAGGAAAGAACAAAUGAAUUGUGUGACCCAUGUACAGUAUUGUUUGUUUUAUUUAUUGGCUUUACAAUACAGCAUUGCUGGAAGACUGUAUUAAUAAGCAGUAUAAAUGUGUACUUUUAUUACUCUACCCUAAGCCCAUUACCUUUACAUUUUGUAUCAUGUUUCAUAGGAUUUCAUGCUGACAAAAUUCACCUUUUUUAUUCAAAACAUUUAAAAAUGUUGAUGCUGUGAUGUCAAAAGCCCAAUUCAGCAAUGUCAACAAUGAUUGGUGAUCAUUUACAACAGCUGUCGAGUGGAAAUAACAAAAGGUAUGAGCAGGCUGCUUGAAGAGUCACUGCUCCAUUUUUCCAUUACAUUGCCCUACAUUAUUACACAUGUCAUGUAUUGCAUGCAUUGAUAUGGCACAAAAAUAAUGCAUUAUAUAUUGGUUAUGGUUUAAAAGCAAUGACAGAUGAUGGCUAAUGCUAUUUCAAUGUGAUUUUUACAGUGUAAAUGAAAUAACAAUAAACAAAUGUGUGUCACGUCAGCAUCUCA